CUGGGCAGAGCAGACCUGCCUCAGUGAGUCUUGGGGACGGGAGGUGGUAGUUGCGUCACGUCUCAGUCAGCGCUGCGUCACACACGGCCACGCGAGUCCUGCUUAUAGCUGGGAGAAGACCUUGGUGCAAACAGGAACGCGAGAUGGCUGACGAGGAGUUCGAUGGUGAUGAUGUUGGUGAUGACUUCGAGGAGGCAGAAGAUGAUGAGAAUCUGGAUGACCUGCAAGGAGAGGAGGAUGAUGAUAACCAGACAGAGUUGGUACCUGCAGGGGAAGGUCAGCCAGUGCCUACGCUCAAGAGAAUCACGACACCUUAUAUGACCAAAUAUGAAAGAGCUAGAGUAUUGGGUACGAGAGCACUGCAGAUUGCAAUGUGUGCACCUGUCAUGGUGGAAAUUGAUGCAGAAUCGGAUCCGCUCCAAAUUGCUGCCAAAGAAUUGAGGGAACGGAAAAUUCCCAUCAUCAUUCGCAGAUAUUUGCCAGACGGAUCUUUUGAAGAUUGGGGCAUAGAUGAACUUAUCAUCAGUGACUUCUAAGUACACGUUAGAUUAACGUAGAAACUGAGAGUUCACAUAUGCCAGCAUACAACAAAAGAGGACCCACCGUCCCUCCAAACUCCAGCCCGAAUACCCAAUACAACUACAUGGCGGUUCCUUAGACAGAUGACCCAUACGUAGUCCUAAAACUGGGCACACUUUACAUCAUCAGUAUGCAAAAUAAAACUUGAGUUUAAAACUUACUUACAAGUUACUGCAGUCAUUUUGUUUUGUUUCAUUGAAAACAAAAAAUAGUCUUGUAUAGUUUUGAAAUAAAAUAUUCACGUUUCAUAAUACAGUACUUUAAUGACAAAAAUAAAGUACCAAAAAAAUAAAUGAUAAACUUACUUCAAAGUUUACUUGGUAACUUUGCAGACAAUUUUUGUAUGUGAAAAUUACCAAAGCUGAUUGUUUAAAGUAAAAGUACAAAUGAAGUUUUGAUAAUUACAAUUUUCCUACCAAAAAUGUGGUAAAAUUCUCAACAAUAUUCCCUUUUAAUUAAAUAACUUUGCAUAUACAGGUAAACCUCUCUUUAACAUCACCCCAGUUAACGUUAUUUUUCUAAUAAAAAAGAAGUGGCUUUUUGUAUUAUAAAGUUUCUCCUAAUGUAGGAUAGAGAAAAUGAUGUGGAAGCCUAUUGUACUUUUGAGAAAUUUAAAUACAGUAUAUGAGGGCUAACUUAAAUACUGUAUUGUCAACAUACACUAUACAGUACUGUACUAUAACUAAACUUUGUUUACUGAAAGUACAGCACUGUACAUAAUUAUUAUAUAAUACUGUAGUGUAUAAUACAACCAUAUGGUUAUGUUAAAUUAUCAAUUGAAUAUAACAACUACCGAAACAAAUUCAUCUCGCCAGCUGUUCAAACAAGGUGUGGAAGUUUCAAGUUCAAUAUUAUUAGUAAUAAAAAAUUUUGAAUGAGGUAUGGCAGGUAAGUGGCCUUUAACAGGUAAUAAUCCUAAUGAAAGGUUAAAGAAAAAGACAAUUAGAAACUAAGCUAAAACUGCUAGGAAGGUAUUACAAGGGCUAGUGAACAAAAAAACGACCAGUCAUCUUUCCCAGCACCCGAGGACUAUAACCCUUGCUUAUAACAGUAGGCCUGUAGUAUUUUUUUUGCCUACUGUCACUUCAGUUACAGCUGUUGUUAAACGAGUUGUCUGUAUUUUCCAAUGACUUGCAACAUAAUUAAAUGUGAACAAAUCCACAAAGGCCGUGACAAGGGUUCGAACCUAUGUCCGAGAGGAUCCCAGACGCGCCUUAAUCGACUGAGCUAAGUGUAAUGAAGUAAGGGCAAAGAGGUAGAAUAGCUUAUUGGCAGAGCUCAGGUGCACGGGGGGAAUUGUGUAAAACCCUGGUUUGUGUCUCGGAGAAACUGCAGGAUCCAUGGUAGGUCAAGUUGAUUUCCCGGUUGCAAUUCUUUUGACCAUGUCGUAGCUCAGUCAAUUAAGGCGCGUCUGGGAGCCUCUCUGACAUAGGUUUGAACCCCUCGUCACAGCCCCUGUGGAUUUGUUCAUUUGAUGCAUCUCGCUAUUGUAAUUUUUGUGUAAUAAUUAAAUGUCUUCAUAGAAAAACAAUAUGCUAAUUGGCAACUGAAGUACUGCUGCCAUUUCUGCAGUUGUUGACUUAAAAAUAAAAAAUUAAAAUAC